GUGGGACCCAAGUGGAUGAAUAUAGUUGACUGUUGACGCGGUGAACAGUGAGAACAUGAGUAAAACGAAGACCAAGAAUGAAAACAAGACGGAAAAGGCCUUGGCUGCCGAGAAAGAGCAGUUUGGUAAACAACAGCUCCACAGCAUCAGCAAAACUCUGACCUCAGCUGAAGUUUCACCUAAAGAGAAAUAUGUCCGCAAUAUCAUCAUGGGAAGUCAUAAGGAGGGUGGAGCUACAACCUUCUGGUCCUAUGUCCUGAACCUGCCUCUGUCCAGCAACUCCAUGAUCAGCUGGAAGUUUUGCUAUCUGCUGCACAAAAUGCUCAGAGAUGGACACAAAAACGUGAUUGUAGAUUCCCACAGAUAUUGCCGUAAUGUGAAAGAUAUGGGCAUUCUCUGGGGAAAUUUGCAUGAUAGAUAUGGUCACAUUGUUGCCCUGUCUGCAAAAUAUCUCAGCCUCAAAAUGGAAUUUCACAAAAAGCACAAAACGAUUCCGGGGAACAUGGAGGCCACUGAUGAGACUCUGGAGAGGGAAGCAGGAACUGACAUGAAUAAAGUGUUAGAUAUGACACAGGAACUACUGGAUUGCAUGGAUGCUGGACUAAAAAUGUCAGACACUGUCCUGCGUCAGUUGGAUACCAAUGGGGCAAAAUCCACGACUUCAGCCGGUCAGUGCAGACUCACACCACUGAUACCGCUCAUCCUGGACUGCAGCUUCCUCUACCACUUCUCUGUGCGGCUGAUGUUCAAACUUCACAGUCGCAUUUCUCCAGAUGUUCUUCUUGGACAUCGAGAGCGAUUCCGGGAUUUAUUUAUAAACCUCACACAGUUCUUCAACAGAGCCAGGGAAAUGGAGUUCUUUAAAAGUCGCAUCCAGAUCCCAGACCUUCCAGAUGAGCCUCCAAACUUCCUCCGUGCUGCUGCUUUGGGUGAAUAUAAAAAGCCAGUGGUGGUGAUGCCCAGCGAGGAGCAACAUGAGGAGGAGGAGGUGGUGGAGCCUCAACCAGAGUUCAGAGAACAGCUGCAGCCACAGUACUAUUUGCUGAGCCAAAUGGCAGUGCCUGAAGCUGCGAUGGAGCAAAAGGAAACUGAAAAUGAGAGUCUGAAGAAGGAGCUAGAGGUUCUCAAACCAGAGCUGCAGCUCAUUAAGUCUGAGGCUCAGAGGUGCGUGACUGAGUUAAAGGCUCAAGUGAAUCGCCUGGAAGCCGAGGUCGAAGAGCAGCGCACCCACAAGCAGGUGGCCAUGGUGGAAAACGAACAUCUACGGAUGGAAGUGGAGGCGUUACGCUGUGCUAAUGUGGCCAAUGCCGGAGCGCAGAUUGGAUUCAAGGAGGCAGAUAGUAGAGCUCAGGCGGCAGAGCUUCGUUUUACUCAACUUAAAGAGAGACACGCAGAGCUGGUGACGAGUCAUGCUGAUCUAAUGAAAAAGAACGCAGAUACAGUGAAGAUGCUGUCCAGUAAAAAACAAGACCAUGAUGAAGUGCUGAGAGCCAAACAACUACUAGAAAGUGAGCUGGAAAACCUACGCCAGGAGAGGAGGAACAUGAUGAAUCAGCAGCAGCAGGAGGCCGACCGUCUGAAUAAAGAACUGCUGGAGCAAAGAGCAGAGCUGGCUCUUCUACGCAGCACCCUGGAAAGUAAAGAGAUGGAGGGGUCUCAGGUGAGCAGUAGCCUGGCAGCUCUUCAGGCAGAGCGGGAUGUGCUGCUGCGUUCAGCCAGAGAGAGGGACUCGGAGCUUUCCUCGCUCAGACAGCAGACACAGCAGCAGCAGAGCUCUGUGGAUCUGGAGAGAGACCGACUCAACAGGGAGAUCGAGGCUCUGAGGGCUCAGCUACAGCAACAGUUUGCAAUCAAUGCAGAGCAGAAAUUAGAGAUUGACAGGCUGAAGCGAGAGCUGGACACCAUACGAGCAGAACUGACACGUGCACACAGCGCCCUGCAAAGCAAAGAAAUGACUGACACCCAGCUGAACAGUUCACUGGCAGGGCUGCAGGCGGAGAAGGAGGUGAUGCUACGUUCAAUGAAGGAACAAGAAGCAGAGCUGAUUUCUCUCAGACAACAAGCCCAAUUCCAUCAGAGCGCCUUGGAGCAGGAGAGACAGAGGAGCAACAUGGAGCUGGGAAGCCUGCAUGCACAGUUACAGCAACAGGUCCAUCAUGAAGGUAAACUCACUCAGAAGCUGCAGGAAGAGCAGUUUGGUCUGCUGCAGUGUGCGGUGGUGGAGGCCGAGGGCAUCAUACUGGACGCUGUAGCCAAACUGGACGACCCCAUACACGUGCGCUGCAUCAGCUCACCUGAUUACUUGGUGAACCGAGCUGAAACCACUCUGGGUUCUAUAGACAAAAUGCAGCAGAGCCAAGUUGUCUACCUGGGAAACAAGAGUGACGCCAGCGGCCUCUUGCGAUCGGUCACUCAGUUCUCCCACCUUGCUGCUGACACUAUCGUUAAUGGAGCAGCAACAUCGCACUCGGCUCCGACUGACCAGGCCGACCUUUUAACUGAGAACUGUCGAGAAUGUGCAAACCACUGCCUUCAGUUCUUAAGGGACUUGAAGCUUCAGGCUAGUUUACAGAGAGCUGACCCCUCUGCCAUUCGUUACACUGUGCAGCGCAUCCUCAGUCUGGGACAGGAUUUGCGUCCAAAAGGGCAGGAUGUGCUGAAAGAAGAACUUGGAAACAUGGUGGAUAAAGAGAUGGCAGCCACAUCGACAGCCAUUGAGGAGGCUGUGCUGCGAAUGGAUGAGAUACUGAGUCAAGCAAAGAGAGAAACUUCUGGCAUUAAGUUGGAGGUCAAUCAAAGUAUCCUUGGAUCUUGUUCAGACCUAAUGAAGGCUGUUCAUAUGCUGGUGACAUCUGCUACAGAUCUGCAGAAAGACAUUGUGGAAGGAGGCAGGGGGGCAGCAUCUGUUACAGAAUUUUACGCCAAAAACUCCCGCUGGACAGAAGGCCUCAUCUCUGCGUCCAAGGCUGUGGGCUGGGGGGCCACAGAGCUGCUAGAGUCAGCCGAUCGAGUCGUGGGUGAAAAUGGCACCUAUGAGGAGCUCAUCGCCUGUUCGCAUGAGAUCGCUGCCAGUACUGCCCAGCUGGUCGCUGCCUCUAAGGUAAAGGCUGACCGCAACAACAGGAAGUUGCACACGCUGCAGCAGGCCUCAAGGCAUGUAAAUGACAUGGCUGCUGUGGUCGUCACCUCCACCAAACAUGGGCAGCAGCAGAUCUCUGACCGGGGUGUAAUGGACUUCUCUGGUAUGUCUCUGAUCAAACUGAAGAAAGAGGAGAUGGAGGCUCAGGUGAAGGUUCUGCAGCUGGAGAGCCAGUUGGAUCAGGAGCGAGUCCGACUCGGGGAGCUCAGAAAAAGGCAUUAUGAGCUGGGCAGCUCUGGGGCCAGCGCAGAGGAUGAGGCUGAAAGCUUCCCACCCCCACCACCCCCCACUUUGCUGAACACCCCAGUACCUUCAUCCUUUUCACAGACACAGCCUUACCUGAACACUCAGAGCUCCACCCACACCAACCCAUUUGCACCGACUCAAACACAGGCCUACUCGUUGCCGCAGUCAUACACACCAGUGAACUCCUACUCACAGUCUCAGUCAUACACACCUGCACAAAACUACACCCCCGCUCACACUUACACACCCCCACAAUCCUACACAUCAUCACAACCCUACCUGCCUCCCCAAACUUACACUUCCUCCCAGCCUUACCUACCCCCUCAGCCCUACACACCAGCUCAGCCUUACACACCUUAUUCACUCCCACAAUCCUCCUCGGGCCUCCCCCCACCUCAGUCCUCAGCCCAGCCCCCGACACCUGCACAGAACAACACAGAGACCACCAGAGCCACUGCAAGGAAAUCAAAUAUCUUUACCAAGUCAGGAAACCGGCUGAAGAACGCAUUCAGAAGAAGUGACGCAGGAACAGGGGAUUCAUGAGGCCUGGCUGAAAAAGAAGAAACUAUUUAAACAAUCACUUAUAACACAACUGUCCUUUUAGACCAAAUGUGUCAAAUUCAUUCUAGUUCAGGGGCCACAUGCAGCCCAAUGGGAUCUCAAGUGGGUUGGACCAGUAAAAUAAUAGGUUUAAUAACCUAUAAAUAUUAAUCCACAUUUGUUUGUUUGUUUUAGUGUGAAA